CCAAAUGGAAUCUUCAAACUUUGCGACUUCGCACCUAUCUUCGUAGGCUGAACCAGCCAAUGGCAGAGUGAGGUAAUUUUUGCAAAUCUGUCUGCAAACACUCAGUCAGAUAUCGUCAGCACGAACAGCCACAGUGCCUGAACGCACGCCGGUAGUGGAAUAUUUCAAUAACUGAACUCUAAUAAACAGUAAAUUGUCAUAAACUCAUCACAGACGCAUCAGUUCCUUGGAAGAUGUAGUUGAUCAAACGGUGGUCAGUGAACAAGAAGUGUUGGUGUAAGACGCUCGUGCAAGGUUUCUCCGACAUGUGCUAAUAAGGAAUGAAUCGUGAAUGUGGAUGAUGUGAAAAGGUUAUAAUUGAAAAAGGUUACCAAAGAUGCCAGUCCGCCGCUACUUCAGCUGCCUAUGGCUGCUGCUCUGCUACUCUCAGUACAGCAAGUCUGACAGCCUCGAGCAGUACGUGUUGCCCAGCGCCGCUCCCCCUGGGGGCAACUGGAUGUUCUCCCUCCCUGUGGUGCUCGGGGUUGACAAGACUUCUGGAUGCAUCUGCAGAGCCAAUGACAUGACCACUGUCGUUGUCUGCUUCGGCGGCUACGACUGCAGGCGAUUUCCUAAGGUGAAGACCAGGAGCGAAAUAUUGCGCGUUCGAACAUCAAUCAUAGAUAUGAUCGAAAUAGGCCAAUUAGACUAUUUAUACUACUUAAAGACACUGGAAUUGGAAGCAAACCACCGAUUGAAAUAUAUUGAGCCAGGUUCUUUCAGGAACUUAACUCAUCUAGAAGAGUUGUCUAUCUCAUAUAGUACAGGUCUACACAACAUCUACCCAAGAACUUUUGAAGGCCUAUUGAAUUUGAAGAACUUGACAAUGGUCAACAAUGGCUUUUCAGGAAUACUUCAUGUGGUGCCGGCUCUACGGCCUUUGAUGUUGCCAUCUUUAGAAAGUCUGGACUUAUCGGAGAAUGUAUUCGAAAUGUUACCGCGCGACGCCUUCAGACCAAUGCAGGGCACGCGACUGAAAAGACUGAGAUUAAACCUGUGCCAAAUUGAAUACAUACAUCCAAAUGCAUUUCUGCCGCUGAGGAAUCUUAAAGCACUUAGCAUAGGAGAAAAUGAGUUAAAUACUACUUUGAUCGAGGACUUUUUGAUAAAGAUGAUAGAGCAAGGGAUCAACUUGACUUUCUUCGAUUUAUCUGGAAUGGGAUUCCGCAGACACUUACCGAAGAAAUUGUUGGAAGUUGUUGCACAAUCUACCAUCACCAAGCUGCUUUUAUCUAGGAACCAGUUUGAAAUAAUCCUAGAUAACAGUUUUCCCUACAUGAAGAAUAUUGAAUUGUUAGAUUUAAGUAAAGUUUCUGCUGUGUCUAUCGGUGCAAAGGCAUUUGAUACCGACAAGUUCCCAAAUCUUAAAGUAUUGUAUUUGAAUGGGAAUAUUUUACCAGGAAUUCAUAAUGUAAACGUAGCUGCUCAACUCAAACUGCUCGAUCUCUCUUGUAACACGCUCAACUCUGUAACUCCAACGUAUUACGAAAUAGAUAGAGACUCAUUUAUAAAUAGUAGUGAUAUGAAGAUACUAAAUCUCUCAUUUAAUAGAAUUAAGUCAGUUAGUAAGUAUACAUUCAUAGGACUAGAUAAUUUGGUGAUACUAAACUUGGAAAAUGGGACUAUAUUUCAUAUAGGUCCUGGCACUUUUAAAUCAACCCCUCAUCUAGAAGUAUUAAAUUUAGCAAACAAUCCAUUAACUGAAAGUGAAAACUUCACAACUUCUAAAUUCGAAGGAUUGAACGAAUUGAAAUAUUUAACAUUAAGAAAUUGUGGUAUAAAAUUCUUGGAUAGUCAAGAUAAUAUCUUUGAAAAUAUGCCCAAAUUAGAACACUUGAUACUGCGAAAUAAUCAGCUGUACUACAUAACAGCUGAAGUCCUGCAGCCUUUAACCAAAUUACGUAUCUUAGAUGUAAGAGAAAACUUUUUGAUCGCUUGGCCGACCCCGUUAUUCAACAAUGGAGUACACCCACAAGUGUUGUUGUUCUCUAACAAUAAAAUAUCACACUUCUCCAUGAGUAUGUUAGAAGACUUCAACCAUAUUUUCAGGGUACACAAAAACUCCACUGACAUUGAUCUCCGCGGCAACAUCUAUGUUUGUGACUGUAAUGCCAUGUACAGCACUUACACCUGGAUAGAAGCUAAUGCGUCUUAUGAGUUAAAGCAAUACUUCAAGAACUCAGAGUUCCUAUGUACUUCCCCGGAUUUAUGGGAAGACAAAAGGGUGUUUGACUAUUUACUUUCUAUCAAAAGUCUCCCAUGUAUCAUGUAUGACAAAAUUUCGAAACUUAUGAUAUUUAUACAGACCACACCUGCGAUUAUUAUGAUUAUGUUACUCGCGUUGAUUGCGUACUUUGUUAUUAAAUUCAGGGUCUACAUAAGAUACUGGUUGUUCCUAGGUAAACUGGCUCUUGGGAGGAAAUUCAUAAGAAGUAAUCUAAAAGCUCAUACGAAGAUUGAUUUCAGAGAAUACAAAUAUGACGCGUUUGUAUCAUACUGCAACGAAGACAGAGAUUUUGUCCUAGAAAUGAUAGCCGAAAUGGAAUCAAAUCAACCCUUUUUGAAGUUGUGUGUUUACGAGAGAGAUUUCGAAAUAGGCUCAUUUAUAUCAGAAUCCAUACUGAAUAGUAUUAAUGAAAGUAGGUACAUAAUUUUAGUGAUCAGCAACGGGUUUGCCAAGUCCCAGUGGUGUCGAUGGGAGACGCAGCUGGCUGAGUACCACCGACUGUUUCUGGAAGAUGGGACGUCGUAUGACCCCCUCGUAUUGGUCAGAAUAGGGCACAUAGAGCCCAAGUACUUGAGUACAACAUUGAAGUUCUUGCUGAAGACGAAGAUUUAUUUAUCUUGGGAAGAGCAGCGACAAGAUGAAUUUUGGAAAAAGCUCAGAAAUGUUUUGACAAAGCGGUAGAGUGUUUUUCAUAACCUAAUAAAUUUCUACAAAAUAUA